CUAACUGCUCCUAUGCCGCUACCAAUUUUCGUCCCUGUGCUGGAGCUCCCCACUGACUUUCUCCAACUACGCGUUCCCUCUUCUUCUGUUCGUCUCUACUCGCCCUAUACCCCCAACGAGGAUGAUGCAACUAACCCCGCAACGAAGCCUCCAGCCGGCGAGUCCAUCUGUUUGUUGCAUGGGCGGUUGGAUGACUUCCUCCAUUACGCUCGAGGCGAAGCCUCGGACUGGCUACUGCAGCGAGCCCAUGACAUCUGCGAUCCCUCCCUCAAGCGAGGCUCCCUUGUCGUCUGGAAGCGCCAUGAGCAGAUUUGGGCCCCGGUUUCGCAGUCAGAGCAGUUGAUCGCUUCAACAUACGUGUAUACCUGGCCGGCGGAAAUGCCGACCACGUUGACGAAGAUCAGCCACCGCGAGAACAGGUCCGUGACAUCCAGAGGCGGGGACGGGCCCGCGAUGCGAAAUAGUGUCGCAACGCGUGAUGGGGGCCGUUGCUGGAUUUCGAAAGUCUCCCCCAGUGACAAUCGCCACAUAUGCCCCAAACGCAUGGGCGACCAUCUCGCGCGGCAGAUCUACGAGGAUUUCACCGGGCAGACCCCUCCUCCAACUCUCCGCGUAACCGACAGUGCUUUCGGACUGAGUCUAUCCCCCGUCCUGGGCCCCUAUUUUGACAACUAUGAGCUUGGUUUGCAUUCCAUCGGCAACAAUCAAUACGAGGCUCACAGCUUCACGACCGUGGAUGAGCAGUGGGUCAAGACUGUUUAUGGCACCUUGCCCAAAGGUCAGGUACAGAACGAGCCGCUUCUCCACGGUCAUUUUGUGGUCCCUCAGAAUACCAAUGCCACGGGCCUCCCCCCUCCCGGCCUCUUCCGCUGGCAUUACCUGCAGUGUGUCAUCAAGAAGUUCGGCCACGACGACUACAAAAAGAUGACCAACAUCGCGUACCCUGAACUGCCGAUCAAGAUAGUCAACGAGGACGACUCUGAUGACGAGGAGACCGACAGUGACCUGGAGUGGCCGUCAAAGUGUUGGGAUGUUCACAGAUUAAAGGCGGCCGAGCAGACUGAAGCUGCAGAGCGCCAUCGUGGAAUUGCGCAAUGGGCUGACUCGGCAGCUGGUUAG